AUGACAUCUACUCCACCAGUAUGUUGCGGUCCGUGUAAAUUUGAAGGCAUUACAAAAGGUGGUGAGAAAUGGUGCACCAUCUGCGAUGAGGGAUUCUGUGCAGACUGUGAAAAAAACCAUAGAUCUUUAAAACUAACAAGAAAUCACAAAAUGAUCGCCAUCGAAGACUUCCUGAAAAUAAAAGAUUUUUCUGUUAAUUUGACAUGCGAGACUCAUGACGAAAAGCUUGAUCUUUAUUGUAAAUGUCAUCAUGUAGCAGUAUGUGCAAUGUGCAUUCACUCAGCGCACAAUAAUUGUCCAGAGGAUGAUAUUAUUUCAAUACACGAUGCAGCUAUAAAUGCAAAGAGUUCAACUGCACUUUCUGAUUUAGAGGAAACGAUUUCUAGAUCUCUUGAAAGCGUAAGACAGUGUAUUCGAGACCGAGCUUCGGACGCGGCGAAUAUCGAUACUGAAAAACAAACAAUUCAGAAAAAGAUUCUAGAAACAAGGCAGAGGCUGAGCAAACACUUAGAUGAGCUUGAACAACAACUUCUCCAGGAACUCCAAAUCAAACAUGAAAACUGCAGGUUAAGAUACAGUAAAAUGCUGAAACAAUUACAACAGUCAGAAAACGAGCUUGAGAAACUUAAAGAACAGACAGACCAAAUGAAAUUGCUCGCAUCCGACCUUCAAGUCUUCCUUGGAACAUCUAAAAUGAACAUUACUAUCAGUGAAAAACUUAGAUCCCUUAAAGUCGAAAUAGGCAAAGAAAAGAGCUUUACGAUUGACUUGAAAAUACACCCUGUGGUCAUUUCGUUCAUAAAUAACGUCAAAAAGUUUGGCGAAAUAUAUAUCACUGAAAAAAAUCUCGAUCUGCAGUUGAAGGACGCAAAGAUCGACCAGGCUCAAACACAAAUACGUGGGUCAAACCAAAAUGUCCUUGACAUUGACCUUCAAUUUUCAUUAAAAUUUCCUGUUAAACCGCAGCUUCAAAUAUCUGGAUGCCUUAUAUUAUGUGAUGGUAGAAUUUUAAUUGCCGAUUUUUAUACUACAGGAAAACUAAUGGAAUAUGAUUUCACUGGAAAUUAUGUGAGUGACAUAGAUGUAGAAGGUAGACCAUUCGAUCUAACAGAAAUAGAUAAUGACCGCUUUGCUGUGACAUACCCAGACAUCAAAUGUUUAAAAAUUAUAAGCAGUAAGAUAAGUUUUGUUGAAAAGAAAAUAGAUUUCAAAAACAGCUGCUUUGGAAUAUCUUGCCAUGAUGAGAACAUCUUUACGUUAGUACAAAAACAUGGAAUAAUGAAAAUUGACAUUACUGGAACUAUCUUGCUCAUAAUAAAGUUUAAUACUAGUUCCAUGGUAUAUAUUGCAGCUUCUGAAGAUAAGAUUUACUAUACAGACGAGAAUAAUGACACAGUGAACUGUUGUGAUUUUAAAGGAAAGAAAAUAUGGACAUUCAAAAAUGAAUCUACUAGGUGUCCACGAGGUAUAACCGUGAAUAAUGAUCAGAAUGUAUAUGUUGUCAGUAGCAAUUCUAACAAUCUAACUCUUAUACAGCAUGACGGGAAAAGGAGUAUAGAGGUUCUUACUUCUAGUGACGAUUUGUUUUCGCCGGUCGCUGUAUGUUGUAACAAGAAUUCGUUACUGUUAGGAUAUAAGAAAGGGAACAUGGCAUUGUAUCAUGUAUCGGAAUGA